GUUUUAUUGAGUUAUAAGCCCAGUUAUGAUCCUGAUUCUUGGAUUCUUCACUUCAGGUCCACUUUGAAUUCCCUCCUGUGCAGAGUUUUAUUUUCUAUACAGAAAACCUUUUAAGGACAUGCAUCACAAUAUACCUAUUCAUGAAAACAGGAUGUUCAGGUCUCUGGUAACACUGAUGCUUGUGGCGCUCUGCUUGUCUGCUGUGCAAGGACGUCGCCUGUGCCACCCAACCAAUGUCACCAUCUCUGCCGAGAAAGAGGACUGUCCCAUCUGCUUCACUCUCACCACAACCAUCUGUAGUGGCUACUGCCUAACACGGGAUCCGGUAUUCAAGAAUGCCCUUUCCUCUGUGUACCAGAACAUCUGCACCUACAAUGAGAUUCGCUAUGAUACCAUUAAGCUCCCAGACUGCCUGCCAGGCACGGAUCCCUUUUUCACCUACCCCGUGGCAGUGAGCUGUAAGUGCAACCAGUGCAAGAUGGACUACAGCGACUGCACCGUGCAAAGCAUCGGACCAGACUUCUGCUCCAACUCUCUUGUAUCUCAGUUUCAGCUGAUUAACUGACAGAAUCGUCUUCGGGCACGGGGGCCAAACAGAGAAAACCUGCCAUUCCCGGGCUAUUUUACAAAAAUCUAAAUAAAACUUUAUAACCUCAA